GCUCCUUAUCGAGCUCGCGAGCUGAUGUUCCGUCAACGUCACCUCCGCAGUGGACGCUCCGCAUCCUCCAGCAGGAGUCACAUGAUCCGUCCGCUUUCUGCCCGCCGCCAGUGAAAGACACAGACGCUCCAAGGACGAUGAAGCUGAUCAUCCUCAACGACUACGACCAGGCCAGCGAGUGGGCUGCGAAGUACAUUCGAAACAAGAUUUUAUUGUUCAGACCUGGACCCGACAGAUAUCUCACCCUGGGGCUUCCCACAGGAAGCACCCCCAUGGGUUGUUACAAGAAACUAAUUGAGUACUACAAGAUGGGCCAAAUCUCAUUCCAGUAUGUCAAAACGUUCAACAUGGAUGAAUAUGUGGGACUCCCCAGAGAUCACCCUGAGAGCUACCACUCCUUCAUGUGGAAUCACUUGUUCAAGCACAUCGACAUAAAAGCAGAGAACACACACAUCCUAGAUGGCAACGCUGCUGACCUGCAAGUAGAGUGCGCGGCCUUUGAGGAAAAGAUCACAGCUGCUGGCGGGAUCGAGCUCUUUGUCGGAGGUAUUGGACCAGAUGGCCACAUUGCCUUCAAUGAGCCUGGUUCAAGCCUGGUUUCCAGGACCAGGGUGAAGACCCUGGCAAAGGACACCAUCAUGGCUAAUGCUCGAUUCUUUAAUGGAGAUCUGUCCAAGGUGCCCACCAUGUCACUGACUGUGGGAGUGGGCACAGUCAUGGAGGCAAAGGAGGUCAUGAUUAUCAUCACUGGAGCACACAAGGCGUUUGCUUUAUACAAAGCUAUAGAGGAAGGUGUGAAUCACAUGUGGACAGUGUCUGCUUUCCAGCAGCACCCGCAGACAGUUUUUGUCUGCGAUGAAGACGCCACCCUGGAACUGCGGGUCAAAACUGUAAAGUACUUCAAAGGGAUGAUGCAUGUCCACAACAAGCUGGUGGAGCCACCUCCCUCUCUGUCAAAGAAGAACUGAGGAUAUCUUGUCCAAACUCUGUUGAUCCAUGAGGCAUUAUUGGGGGCAGUUUAGCCCCAAAUCAAAAAGACAUAUGUCCCCUCUUAUCCCUUAAGCUGCGCUAUUUAUUAAUAGGUCUAACAUUAAUUAUCUUGAGUAACCGGGUCAUGAUUUCUGGAAUAAGAGCCCAGUGUCAUGUAGUCCAAAACUAGCUAACUCAAAACAAUGUUGAUAAUAAAACAUAUGUGUUUUUGUUUUUGGGUUUGUACUGUCCCUGUAACACUCCAAUGAUUCUUUUUUCUUCUGAUGGAGAUGGUGAACAUCAAGCAGGGCUUGGAGUUGACCUCAACUAAAUCUUGUCGAAAUAAUCAAGUGCUUAUUGUGCAGGAUAUUCAGGUUUUCAUGUGUUUGUUCAUAUAGCUUUGCUUCUCAUUUGCUCUUUUUAAUAAAGUGCAUUUGAUUGUUAA